AUGGGGAGACUCCCUAUUGAGGCCAGUGUUACAACGGCGACUAGGCGUGGAAGAGCAUCUACGCGUUCAUCUACUGGUCAAGCAACUUCAUCCAACGCACCCUUGGUUUCUGUGACGCCAACGAAAUCAAGAGCAAGCUCGUCAAGGAGCAAUGUCGCAUCACCUGAUAGAGGUAGAAAUACACGGAAUGGGGGUGCAAGUGUCAAGAAAACCGUUACUACUCGUGGUAAAAGUGUUGCAUCUAGCCCAUUUAAACAUCCCUCUGAAGCUGGCCUUCCAGUGAUUGUUAUUGAAGAUGAUGAGGCUGAAGUUACCGUGCAACAAGCACAACCACGAACACGAACACGAAGGACAAAACAACCUUCCGUCGAGAUUAUCGACGAAGAGGAAGAAGAAGAGCGUGAACUACACGAAGAGCCGGUUGACGAUGAAGAGAAUCUGCAAGAGGACGAAGAGGAAGAAGAGCCUGAGAUCUUUGCGGAAAAGAUCGUUGCUACUAAACUCGUCAAGGGCAAGCGCAUGUACUAUGUAAAAUUCGCAGGAUACGGCGAUGAAGAGAACGAGUGGUUUGAUGCAGCCGAUACCGAAAAGGACCUCAUCGAAGAAUUCGAACGGGAGGAUGUAGAAAUGGCUACCCCACCUCGUCGUCGUCCUGUCGUUACCCGGAAAUACUCUAUCAUUGAAGACGACGAUAUAAUCGAAGUCGAGGUAGAGUCUGCAGAGGACGAUGAUGACUAUAUUCCAGCUGGGUCGUCCAACAAGAGAUCGAAGGGUAAAGGGCCAGAUGGCUCUGCAACUCGUAAGAAACGACGUGUGGAGAAUGAGGACGGUGGUGAUGAGGCGGCCAUGCCUGCUUCGUUGAAUCGAGUGCCGUCUAUCCCCAAGGAGAAGAAGGCUGCUGCUCGCGCUCCUAGAGUUAAGAAGGAGGAUAAGGCUGCAAUUGAGCAGCGUGUUAAGGCUCGUGGGAAGGCAAAGUUGCCUAAUAUGCGUGGAGCUGAAUAUGACGAAAGACAUCCACACCAGCCCGAUACCGCGUGCUGUAUGAUAUGCUCAACCAAAGAGUAUACUCGGGCUAUAGAAACAAAUGACACAGUCCUACUGGAUGCCUGUGUCAACUCUUUAUCAGACGUGGCUGGCUUUGAAUGGUCUGGACGAGCUGACUGCCCCCAUCUAAACGCGCUCAGAAGCGCCAUGGUCAAGAAUGAUUUAGCAGCGGCUGCUGCCCUUAUGGAUCCCGCCAAACGACAGCAAGGGAAACGAGUAGAGCCACCGUCGAAUUACUAUAGUGUCUCGACAGUCGGCCAGGUUUCUCAUAGAACUUAUGGGAGAGGCAUUCGAACUGUAAAGGCAUCUCGUGGUGGACGUGAAGGCAAUGAUGCGUUUUAUAGACGGAUGGAUAAAGAUCCAUACGAUAUAUUGCAUCCGAAGCAGCGUGCUUGGUCACGGUUUAGGCCUGAAGAGCAGGCGUUUCAGGAUGCCAUGCGUCAUGGUAGUAUUACCCCUGAGAUGAUUGACUAUUUGAUGCUGACCAGUCCCCAAAUCAAAGUAUGUGUACAAAUGUGGGGUCCACAUGAAUCAGCUGCUAGUGGAAACAUAGAUAUAACCGCGUAUUUGGUCAAACUUCUCGGUAUCGGAUACGGCUUUAACGAAUAUCAUGGCCAUGUACUCGGCACAGACCAUUCGGCGAUUGACAGCAUCCACCGUCGUAAUGUGCUAAAGAAGGCCGCAGGAAACUUUUCCGUAUCUCCAUAUCACUUCAGUGCUGCAAAUCCAGAUACCUUCUUUUUGCAGAAGCUGUUUAGUCUCUUGACGCCAGCUGAGACAGCCCAUGUGGAUGAUCUUGGAAGAUCUGUAGCACACUUUGCCGCUGGUAGUAAAUCUACGGAGGCGCUCAAGUUUCUAAUCUCAAAAGGUGUUGAUUGUGAGUCUCCCGAUCUGACGAAAAUUACACCAUUGGCAUUGGCUUGUCGCUAUGGACGCCCGGAUAACAUUCCGUUGAUUCUCAGUGCACUAAGAAAUGUGCCAGUAAAGGAUUACAUCAAUGACCCCUUCACAUCUAUGAAGCUCACAUACAUACACUUUGCUGCUCAUUACGGAAACCUCGCGUGUAUCCAACAGUUGUUAGACCACGGGGCUGAGAUUGCACCUGUCGACAAGGAAAACAAGCGCACUCCACUCUUAGAAGCUUGUAUGCGCGGUCAUCUUGAUGUAGUUAAAUUCUUGUCUGAGAACGGCUCGAGUUUACAUGACGUGGACCGGUCACGUCGAACUGCUCUGCACUUGGCAGCUAAGAAUGGACAUUACGACAUUGCUGUGUUUUGUAUACAGAACGGUGUUGAUCCGAAUGCUCAAGAUACGUCCAAGAAUACGGCUUUGCAUUAUGCAGCAGCGUAUGGUUGGAUUCGAAUGGUUCGCCUACUAGUAGAGUAUGCUGGGGCGGAUGUGAAUGCAGAAAAUAGUUGGAAGCUUGUACCUCUCGCUGCUGGCUGUACCAUGCUUCACACAGCAAUGAAGGCCAACCUAACAAAUCACUACGAAGCUCGCCGUGUAGUCCGCAAGGUCGAACUACUCGUAGAACGUAACGCCAACCCGAAUCUGCUGACACCUGAUGGUGAAUCGGCCCUCCAUUUUCUGGCAUCCAUGUCAGACCAUAGUAUCGACGAAGCCAGUCUCAAACCUACAAGCACAACCAAGGUCGCGAGAGCCUCCAAGCCGAGUCGUUACAGAGGCUCAGAUGAUGAUGAGGACGACAACGAAGACGACCACGAUGAUGAUGAUGAAGAGAAUGGUGACGAGAAUACUACGAUGAAGGAACCUGAUGCAAGUAUGGAAGAGCCAGAGACAGAGCAAACGUAUUUCAAGAAUGCGGAUUUGAGGGAGACGUUUGUACAUCUGGCUGAACUACUGCUCCAACGAGGUUGCAAUGUAAACCAUCUGAGCAAAGAUCGGAAGAGUGCGCUGCAUCUUGCUUUGUCAUCUGGAAACCACACUAUUGCUCUAUACUUGCUCAACCAUAAAGCCGAUAUCACGGUGCCGUUUGGGGCAAACCAGAACAUCCUGCAUCAUUACUUGAAGGAAGCUGGUGUCAUCAGUGCCUCAGUUCGAGAAUUUGAAAAUGACGCCGUGGAGAGAGAGCGGCUUGUAGCGGUAAUGAAGGAAAUUUGGAUUGUGAUUCAGACUUUCCCUGUUGCUCAGCUUAGAGAUUUGGCUGCUCAAGUCGACGACAAUGGAUAUACGCCAAUCUUGCUGGGUGUGAAAACAGCUGUCAUGCAAAUAUCGUCAAAUAUUGAAACCAUGAAGGAAAAGUAUCGAGUCAAGGCUAGGCCAGUCCAACGGCCGUGGUGGGAUAAGACUCCGCUACCUGUUGAAGAUGAGACCGCACCACCCAAAAUCAUUGAUUGUAAUCCGAUAUACGACAUAUUCUGUGAUCUAGUAGGACCAAUCUUGGCCUACUGUAGAUUAGACUUGAGCACCACAGUCAAGUUGCCCAAAGGUUUUGAGAAGAAGCCUAAAAGCACUCCCAAACCAAUCUAUACUGGAUUUGCUGCCAUUCAUAUAGCUUCAAAACAUUACGGAUAUCAGCUUGUCGAGUUCUUGACCCGCCAUGGUUGUGAUCCAGACGUGCCAGCGGAUACUACUAAAUCUUCAGCAUUGCUGCUGGCUGUCAGCACGAUUGAGCCUGAAAAGAUUCGAGAUGAAGAGGCCGUCGUUGCCAAAAAGUUUAGAUUUGGAGCUUUGCCGGCUCGUGAUCUAGCUGAAAAGACUAUAGAUGCUUUACUAGCAGCUUCGGCUGAUCCAGCGGUAUCAAAUGAAGCAGGCGAAACGCCUCUUCUUGUGGUUUGCCGUCAGCAUCGUGGACCACUGAUGUUGAAGCUGGUGUCGAAUGUAAAGACAUCGACCGGGUUGGAUAAAGCUGGAAAAGAUAAAAUACCAGCCUUGCUACAUGCCGUAAUCUCGAAAGAUGUAGUAGUAACUCGCAUGUUGGUUGAUGCUGGUGCAGACACCAAUAUAGUUACUGACAAUGGAUUCUCGGCUGCUAUGAGGGCUAUAGAAUCUGGAUCUGAAGAAAUCCUCCAAGUGAUUUUAAGUCGUAAAGUUGAUCUAGCUCAACAAAACCAUGAUGGAAACACUGCUCUUCAUCUGGCUUGUAGUUCAGGGGUCAGCAAAAUGGCUUCUAUGGUUAUCGCUGCGUCUGAAGACGAUCCUAUCGCGUUGAAUAUCGAUGCAGUAAACAAGAACAGUCUAAGCGCCAUCACGUUGGCUUGUCAACACGGAAUGGCAGAUGUCGUCAAGGCACUGGUAAAUAUUGGUGGUAAUCCAAACAUAGUCUCAGAGAAAACUGGACGCACUGCUUUGAUGGAAGCUAUCCAAGCCAAUUCUUUAGAUUGCGUCCGUCUGCUCUUGGGUGGUCCACGAAAUGUCGAAGUCAAUGUAAAAGAUUCUGAUGGCGUUUGGGUCCUGCAUCAUGCUGUGAAAAUUGGAAAUCACCGUGUGGUUGAUGCUCUUUUGAGAUCUCAUGCUUCAGUGCAUGCUGAAGAUCCCGCCAAAACGACCGCUCUACAUCUAGCAGUAGAAAAAUCCAAGUCAGAAAUCAAUACGUCUCUCAGAGUCGAGAGAUUGUUGAUUCAACACGGUGCAAACGUAAAUGCUAUAGAUUCGCAAGGACGCACACCUCUCCAUAUCGCAUUUUUUGAUCUCGGCUUUACUCCGUUAACAGCGACAUCACUGAACGCAAAGAAGAAAUAUGACGAGUACAAUGCUAGAGUCGCUAAACGUAAAGAAAGAGAGAGCAAAACCAAAGAGACGUUGGAAAAGUUUGACAUUACUGACAAAGAAGUAUCUGCUUGGUUUGUCGAUGGUCAUGCUAAGGGCAUGGCUGAUGCAGAAGCAAGAGAAGCAGCCAAGAAUGGAGUCGUCGUCGAAGAACCAGUCGAUGAACGAGACUUGGGUCCAUUGUAUUGUCAUGAAAAAUGGGAAGAGCCUAAAGAUAUCGUUAAAGGCGAUCCCAUCGAGAUUGUGUCGUAUCUAGUCGACUUGCCCAAUAUCAACGUGGAUGCACAGGACGGUUUUGGUCGUACACCACUUCAUUAUUCUGCUCGACUGGGAGCAUUCACAUCUACCUCGUACUUGCUUGAUCGCAAGGCCAGGCUUGAUGUUGCCGACUCAGAAAACCAGUCGGCACUCGAAAUUGGACUUCUUUUCAAUCAUUUGGACUAUUCAGUCAUGCUAGCAAAUCGAGGUGCAAAUGUGCAUCGAAUGAUGAGCCUUCCAUCUGGUGAAAAGCUUUCCAUCUUCAGAUACAGCUUGUCUAAAAGCUUCAUGAGCAUGUCCUUCUUGAUUGUGGAGCUGGGUUUGCCAUUGCUCAGUGCGAUUCAUGACGAGUUAUCAGCCGGAAAGUUUCAUCUAGCCUUGCUGCAAAUCGGCAAAGCGUUACCAAUAUCAUUAACGGCGACGAAUGAACAUAGUCAAAAUCUAUUCCACAUUCUUGUCGACUACGCACCUGCUGAUCGUGUAGCUUCAGAGGAUUAUGGAGCCGAAAUAUGUGAUAUUAUUUCUCCACAUGUUACCUUUGAUGACAUGGAUGCACACUCGCGAAGACCGAUUCACUAUGCCGCCAAAAAUGGACAUCAAGCAUUAGCAUUAUGGCUACUUGCCCAUGAUGUUUCUCCCAAUGGAGUCGACAGUACAGGAAACAGCCCAUUGACAUAUGCUCUAGCCGCUGGCAAUUUCAAGAUCGUAGAGGCUCUAUUAGCAGCAGGUGCCAAUGUCAACGAAUCUGAUGUCGCCAAAGUCCCAUCUGCUAUAAGAUUGGCUGUAGAUACAAAGGAAGUCAAGUUUGUCCAAGCUCUGUUAAACAAAUCAGCGCCUUGUGAUCUUGAUGGAGACCACGGUCACGUAACUGCUGUCAUGAAGGCCGUUACCCAGCAACUUGAAGACGUAUUGGUCGCGCUUGCCAAGGCGAAAGCACCGCUUAAUGAAACAUCGCUUGUAGAAUGGGAAGAAACGGACAAGGACAACAAAGUUGUCAAGAAAUCUGCCAUUAUGCAUCCUAUUCUUCAUACUGCCUUCCAACCUCAGGCUGAAAAGGAUAAGAAAUCCAUAUUUGAUGUACUGUUGGAACAUGGUGCCAAUGCAGACGUGGUUCACCCUUUGAGUCAUCGGACUCUGCUUCAGACUCUGCUUGUACGAAAUGACCAACGUCGUGUCCAGGCUGUGCUCAAGAAGGGCGCCGAUGUAAACGCCACUGAUCCCAAAUCUAAACGAACGGCAUUCCAAACGAUUCUACUCGAAAAUAAGAUGCCUGAUCUGAAAGCUGAAUUUUAUGCUGCACGACCAGAUCCAAAUAUUAUGGACCAGCAAACCGGAAUGAGACCGCUAGACAUCUUCAUUGACAAGGGCGAUGGAGCUACUGUAGCUUCCUUACUCGCAGUAGGAGCCAAUCCGAAUUUCUUGUCGAGUGCAGUAGCCAAUCCGAAUCGUCUGACAUCUGUAAUGAAAUGUGUAGCCAUCAACAGUAUAAAUAUUCUGACUACUCUCCUUGAAAAAAGUCAACAUGUAGUAGAUUUGACCAAGACGGAUAUCCACGGUCGUGAUGUCUUCCAUCAUAUAGUACAACCACGAAAGAUCUUGUCGUAUGAGAAUGUCGAGAUGCUAAAACUUGUCAUGGCCAAGGCUGGUCCAAGGGCUGGACAAAAGGAAGAUAAUUAUGGCUGGCUGCCUUCAGACUAUGCUCGUCUUCACGCUUCGUCAAGAAUAUGGGACGAGCACUUGCUAUUCGAACGACAAGGCAAUCCACCCCCAGCACUACCAGAAGACAUGUUGCCGGAAUUAGUAGGAGAAGACAUGUCUCAUGUGGAUAUUCCUGAUGGUCCAGAUGUAUUCGGUGACGCUGAGCUCGGUAGAAGAGAAUUGGAGCGCAUCGCUGACGAAGAAGCUUUGGAAGAAGAAAGGAAACUUCUCGCUGAGAAUCCUGAAUAUAUACCUGCUGCCAAACGGAAAGUCGCUCUGGACAGUAACUUGCAGCUCACUGCUGACACUGCCGAAGUCGUCUACGAGAAUGAAACUGAACUGGAGGGCCCGUACGAUAUUGUGAUGACAAAGACGGAUGUGGAACGUGGGCACUUUGGAAUGAAUGUGUUUUAUAAAUGUAGUGUCAUCAAUAAUCGAGCACAGGAUAUCUACUUGCUUUGGACCAGAUGGGGAGGAAUUGGCGAGACUGGGAUGUUUCAACGAACACCGUAUGAAACUCGUGAAGAGUGCAUCAAAGAGUUUAAGAAGGUCUUCAAAUCCAAGGCCGGCAUAGUUUGGGAAGACCGAUAUACAGACGAUUCUUUCCGUCCAGGGAAAUAUCAAGUAGUACGAACCGUCGAACGUAAAAAGAUUGAUCUCAAACCCUUCGACUGGUCCAAGACUCCUCCAUCAAAACUGCAUCCAGCAUUACAAGAUAUCUUGAAAAUAUUUACUGACGUUGGAUCUCUGAAUCGAAUCGCUGCUGAUAUAUCAACCAGCAUUCCUUUGGGAAACAUUGACCACAAAGUAGCUCAAAGUGGUUAUGAAAAGCUGACUCUCAUUGCCACCGAGAUACGCAGAAUGGAGGAGCUGAGGAAAAAGUCAAGUUUGCCUGAUGUCAAGGUCAUGAAAGAGAUCAAGUAUACGAUUGUCGAACUCAGUAAUGAGUAUUAUCGGCUUGUUCCCUCUGCUGCUGAUAAUGGAUAUGGUAUUAAGCCUAUUCUUGACAUGCCUACCCACAAGGCUACCGAAAUCAACCCACUUGAUUAUGUUUAUUCUGCACUGAAGAAUCGCUUAACGCCCGUUGAAUCCACAGCCGAGGAAUUCAAACUCAUCAACGAUUAUAUCUUGACCACAUCUCAGGGACUCGGACCUUACGAUUUGGUCGGUGCCUUCAAAACUACACGAAAAGAUGAAGAGGAAAGAUUUAGGGAUGUUGGUGGAAGGAAGUUGCUGUGGCAUGGUAGUGGAAUGGGUAAUUUCAUUGGAAUGUUGUCUCAGGGACUACGAGUUGCUCCAGUAGAAAGUGCUGUAUCAGGCUACAUGUUUGGCAAAGGAAUCUAUUGCGCGGACGUCUUCUGUAAGGCGGUCGGUUAUGCUCAGAACAAUCGUUGGGAUGGCAAGACGGAUGCAUAUGGUGGUUUACUUCUGGCAGAUGUAGCAUUAGGAGAAUCGUAUGAACUCGAAGAAUCCGAGUUCUUGACCCGAGCUCCUGAUGGAUUCAGCUCGACGAAAGGAUUGGGAAAAGAAGGUCCCAGUGUCAACAAGACACUGUUCUAUUCCAAGACUGGUGUUGCCGUACCGCAAGGACCGGUUAUAGCAGAGAAAUUACGAGUUGAUAAGGAUGGGAAGGAAAAGCAGCGAGUCUUGACGUACAAUGAGUAUAUUGUAUAUGACGAAGAUCAAGUUAAAAUGCAGUAUCUGGUAUUGGUGCGAAACACCCAAUACUGCUUCCUUUGCUGCAAAUGCAAGCCCAACGAUGUAGUUCCAUUCGAGGAACACAGGAAACGAUUUGAAUCUAUACCAACCGAGUCGUUGAAUACGUAUGAUUCAUUCUUGGUCGAUACCCUCAUGGCUCAUCGAGGUGAUGUAUUGAAUAAGCUCUUUGAUGAGCAAUUGGAAUCUGUCAUUUUGGAACCACAAGCUUAUCUGGUACAGUGGCAACCAGUUACAAAGCUCCAAAGGAACUCAAAAGUAUGCACUAACUGUGCAAACGGAGUUCUGUCUAUAUUCCUGCAAAAGUACUACGAGCAACAUCAGAAUCUUCUCCCGCCAACAUUGCUAAAGAGAAGGGAUUGUUGGUACGGUCGAGAGUGCCGCUCCAGGUCAAAUAUGGCACAUAUAAAGAAGUACAACCAUAUGUGCAAGAAGCUAAAAGACGAGGAGCGGGAAGAAGCUAGUCAAGUUGAUCAUGAACAGGCUGCAGAUGAGAUGCAACUGAAGGAGCACAAUGAUGACAAUGAUGAUUCAGAGAGGGAUGAAGACGAAGAUGAGCAAGAUAACAGUGAGAUGGAUGAGGAGUAA